UUUGCAAAAACAAAGAUGGAUCAUGUAGAUAGAGAACAACAGUUUAUUGCAAAAAUAUCCUACAAAAUAAGAUCUACAAACAAGCCAACAUUAUUGAAAUCAUCAAUUGAUGGCAGAGAGGAUUUACUGCUCUUGAAAGGAAAUGUUUAGCCUUUAACAAGGCAACAGAACAGACUACAGAUCACUUAGAAACAUGUUUCAUGGAAGACAAUAAAUUACAGAAAUGUUAAAUGUCUUAUAAAAAUAUAGCUAUGGCAGAAGGUUCCACUAUAAUUUCUUCAGACAAGAUUACAAACAAGUUAGAGAUGUUUAUAUACCAGCAAAACCAGAAUGGUCAAGAAAAAGGAGAGGCAGAUGAAGUGUUUCAUAGUGGAAAUUUAGAGGGGUCAAUUAAUAUAUCUUCUGACCAAAUCGCAGACAGGUUAGAGGCGUACCACAGUAGACAGGGAAGUACAGAAACAGUUAUCUCCCUUGAUUCGAAUUCUCAUAUAGGUAUUUCAAGCAGUUUACAGAAUCACAUGAUAACAAAUUCCAGUGAAAAACCUUAUGAAUGUGGUGUAUGUGGUAAAGGGUAUAUUAGUAGUUAUUACUUGCAUGGACACAUGAGAAAACAUACUGGUGAUAGACCCUUUCCAUGUGAAGUGUGUGGUAAAGGGUUUCGUAUGAAUAGAGACUUAAAGAGACACAGUGUAAUACACACUGGUGAAAAACCAUAUAAAUGUGAUGUAUGUGGUAAAGGGUUUAGUGAUAAAGGAUAUGUAUUUCAUCAUAGGAGAUCGGUACAUGGUGGUAUCACAUAUAAAUGUGAUAUGUGUAGUCAAGAGUUGUGUAGUAAAUCUAGCUUACAACGUCACUUAUUAACACAUACUAGUGAUAAACCUCACGAGUGUGCUGUUUGUGGUACAUGUUUCAGUCAGAAACUGGGAUUACAGAGACACAUGAGAGUUCACACUGGUGAUAAAUCUCACAAGUGUGAUGUUUGUGGGAAAGGUUUUAGUUAUAGCCAGGGUUUACGACGACACAUGAAGAUACAUACUGGGGAUAAACCCUAUACCUGUGUUGUAUGUAGUAAAGGAUUUAUUCAAGCUAGUCAGUUACAAAAACACAAAAGAAAGCACUCAGGAGAUAACAUUAAUAAACAAAUGAAUAUAAUGUCUGUGGAAAAAAGUUAAGUGUAUGGUGUAUCUAAUAAAUUUACAAAUCAAAACACAAACUGAAGAUAAAUUUCAUAACUUGAUUGUUGCUAUAAAGGGUUUUGUGUACAAGCACAUGAGAGCACACACUGGUGCUUAACUAUAUAAAUGUUAUGUAUUUUAAUUGGAGCUCACUGGUUUUCAGGCAACUUUCAUAUACAACUGGUGGCAGUUUACCUUAUAAUGUUGGUAUUACAGGGGUAUCUCCAGGUGAUAUAAUAAUAAUAUAUCGUAUGACACUUUCAUACAGUUUGACAUGUCUGGUCUAUCUGGCCUGGAAUAGAAAUGAUGAAAAAUUAACAACUUAAUUGUCGGUUAUAUUACAUGUGCAAUUGUAAACAGCCACCAUAAUUUUACACAAAAAUUUACAUAUAAUUGUAGACCUGAAAUAAAUUGUAAUAUUCAAAAUUUUAUGAUAUUAUCAAUUUGAUCAGUAAUCAAAAUGAAGAUCUAUUCGAGUAUAAAUUUUAGUGCUUCAAGACUUUUAUAUUUUGUAUUUAAAUAUUUGAAUUGUAUGGAAGUUUUUUUCAAACAAUAUAAUAAUAAUUGCCAUUUGAAUGUGUUUUUUGAUCAUCAUAAUUCUGUAUGUUAUAAUUGCCUGAUAUUGAUAAGAUGUAGUUUUUUUCUCUCAUUUUUUUUAAGUAAGAUUUAUAAUUUAAGGGUCACAUUAUUUUGAAAUGUGAUGUACAUCAUGUUCAUAGAUUCAAAAUUUUACAGUCUCAUGAAUCUAUAAUGCAUUAACAGCAGAAAGCUCAAUUACUUGGGAUCACUGUUAAUCCCUUUUUGAAAGUUACUUUUGAAAUUAAAAAAAAAAUAUAUUUAUGAAAUUGAAGUCGGAGGUUUUACCCUGUUGCUCUUAUCAGAAGUACCUGUUUUAUACUACCAAACUUCCUGGAACCAAUGUGCUCUAAUAUGCAAUUAAAGUCCUGUAUGUUUGUUUUUUCCAGCAAUAGUCAAAAUAAGGUGCAGUUUUAGACAUGAAAGGACUGUCACUUUAUUUGAACUAAAUAAACAAAACAGCUAUUUAUGCUUGAAAUUGCAGAUGGGCUCUGAAUUAUUGAUUUUAGUCCCAAAGAGUUUUGUUUAAAAUUUGGAUAUUGAUUGAAAUUUGAAGAUAAAAUUUAACGAUUAUAUUAACAAGGUUAGUUUUAUGACACAGAAACUAUUAUUUAAUAAAACCAUAACCAAGUUUAUAAGUAAGAAGUUCGUAUAGUCUCAUAGCAGUUAGCUUAACAAACGGGAAACAACCAAUUAAAUUUAGCAUUUUCCUUACAGGUGAAAUCUUAACAGUGGGAAAAAAUAUUGAAAUUGGAAAAUUGUAUCUUUUACUGAAUGAAGGUUUGGUUUUAUUUUGAUUGGAUAUUUACCAAGUUUACCAUGUUUACAAAUCAUUAAACUAUUCAGACAUUAUUUUUAAAUUUUUCAGUUAUAUUUUUGAAAAUCAAAUUAUUGUUCACUCAUUAAAACUGCUCUUCAUUGACAUAUUUGUUUGUUUUUAUAGUGAUUGAGAUUAUAACACAAUGUUGACUGCUGUACCCCUUCUUUUGAAAUUUUUACCUAUUAUGUCUGUUUGUUUUGUUCACACAUUGUUGUUAAUAUAAUGGAAUUUUAUACGACUGUCAUACAAUGAGGCUUAGCUAGCUUUAAAACCAGGUUGGAUCCACCAUAAGAAAAUGCAUGUACCAAGUCAAGAAUCUGACAGUUGAUUUCAAUCGUUUAAUGUGUUUGAGAUUAUGAUUUUGCAAUUUUUUAAGUGACUCCGUGUGAAUUUUCCUUGGAGUUCGGUAUUUUUUUUGUUUUACUUUUACAUUACUAGUUCUGAACAAUUGCCAUUUUGAUAAAUGAUUCAUACAUCAGUCAGGGGACUUACUUAAAUGAGUGAUUUUCUAAAUCACUGAUUCAAGUAACAUUAUGUCCAUAAAGGUUGGAAGUAAGAGUUGUCUUUCUUUAAUGAUCACCUAUUUAAGUAGUACAAAUUAAUCACUAGACUAAGUGAUUUAAUUUUAUUGUAGCUUUAAAUAUAGAAUACUAAUGAUCCAGGGACUAAUUAUGUUGCUAAAAUUAUCAGAACCAACAUCUGUGUUGAUAGGAUGACCGGGUCAUGUCAGGUGAUGACCUUGUACUAAAUCUAGGAUAAUGACAUAAAAAUCACUUGUUUAAGUAUCAUACCUCAAUUUCCUUCCAAAAAAUCACUUCUUUAAGUAUCAUUAUUAUAAUAACCCCCACUAAUUUCAGCACCCCCGAACAGUGAAAUUUUGAUCGCGAACAGUAGAAUUUUAUUACAUAAUCUGUAAGAUGAAACCUUGAAUUUUACAUGAAAAAUACUCCCACUGCUGGGAAAAAUCUGUCAAGAAAGUAUCCGUUCAUUAUGUAAAGCCAUUUUUAUAGCAUUUUUUCAACUAAAAUAGAAUUUGCAGCUAAAUGAUUGCAUCAAAGGCAUAAUAAACCUUGCUGUUUAAAUGAAGCUAAAAGUUCAUGUUUUUCAAUUUUUCUAAUGAAAAGAUAUUAUCUAAACAUAUGUGUUUAAAAUUUUGGUAAAACUACAAAAUCACAAUUUGUGACAAAACUUCGAAUUUGCUACUUAAAUAAGUGAUUUAAAAAUCACUUAUUUCAAUAAGUCCCCUGACACAUGUCAUACUUUCAUUUCUACACAUGUAACAUGAGUAAUAAAAGACUUUCACAGAGAUCUCCUAAUUUGA